ACAUCCAGCCAAAUAACCAUACUACCUCUCAAUUCCAGUCUACCCGUCUCAAUUUCCCCACAAAUCAAACAGUAUGGAAAAACUGACAGAAUUCGUCACCAAUUCGUUCUCUGAGACGAGAGAGAUUAAAUUUUUUGGUAAAAGUUCCCCAAAAACGGAGCCCCUCUCCCCCCUCCCCCUCCAACCCAGUCAAAGCCACAGUGUCAACAAUUGUCAUCAUCGUCAUCGGAAUGACAGCAGCGAUUCGUCACAUUCGGACGAUGACGAUGACAACGACCUCAGUCCGAGACCGGAUUUGGACACGGUGAUGACGACGACGUCAAGGUCAGCACAAAAUGACGACGACGAUUCGUUCAAUAACAAUGAAGAAAUUAAGAACAAAAAUAAAUCUGACAAAAUUCCCAAAGUUCCCGAACCACUGGUGAAAAGAGAAAGCAAAAAACUCUCUGGAACUCUCAGCAAACAUCAAAAGAUUAAGUACAAGCCGUAUCAUCAUCAUCAUAACGACCAUCAUGCCAACUUUAUUCGUCGCAUUUUACCCCAAGAUUCUGAAGGGGACGAAGGGAGGUCGUCAAGGUCAAGGUCAAAGUCUCCCCAGGGGGCAGGGGGCGGGGAAUUGGAGGAGAUUGACCCCGGGGAAGAGGAAAUUGUUCCAAUUUCUCAGGUCACGUCGCCCCACGUGGCGUCCCCACCACGUGACAUGUCACCCCCCGAGGAAAAUAACGUCUUAAUUAAAUCACACCUUAAACUACAACCUCGUGACGAAGAUGAUGAUGAACAACGUGACGAAAAAUCGUCCCCUUCACCACCACGAAAUUUGAUUAAGAGCGAUUUAAAACCUCCCGAGAUGAAAUUUCCAUUUCAAAAUUUCCAAAAUUCUACCGAGGUUAGUCCAGCCGUGUCGAAUUCUUCGGAAAUUUCGCAACAUUCCCAAACCAAGAAACUUAGCGAGGAGGAAUUGUCCCCCGAAAAUCAUCAUCAUCACCACCAUCACCGGAAAAUUGGGGCACUUUUCACCCCACAUUCCCUUCUAAGUUCGUCGUCACCUCCGAAUAGUGGACAUCAUCAAUCGUCCCCCAGUGGGGGUGGGGGUGGACAUAAUAAUCAUCAUCAUCACACCCACAACAACAAUAACCACCACCACAGCCACCAUCACCACUCCGCUUCCGGGGGGCUGGGGGGUGGUGGAAAACCCAGCAAACAGCGGAGAAGCAGGACUAACUUCACGUUGGAACAGCUCAACGAGUUGGAGAGGCUUUUCGAUGAGACACAUUACCCGGACGCCUUCAUGAGGGAAGAGUUAAGUCAACGCCUGGGAUUAAGUGAGGCUCGCGUCCAGGUAUGGUUUCAAAAUCGUCGCGCAAAGUGUCGCAAACACGAGAGCCAGAUUCAAAAAGGGAUAAUGCCCGUGUCCAUUGGGGGCAACUCGUUGGGCGAUUUGCACUGUCGCGGAACCCCAUUUUCCCACCUGCCCCCGCCCCCACUCUCACCAUCGGCCCUGCUUCAAACGUCCUCCUCCUCGUCGCGACGAUCCGCCAGUCCGCACAACCACGUGACGAUGCCAUCCUCGUCGUCCUCAUCAAGCGCGGCGCCCGUGUCGUCAUCGGCCUCGGUGGCGACCUCGAUCGCGAACAGUGUCGCGAUGUCGCUCUCCGGGCUGAAUUCGGUGUCCAUGUCGAGUUGUCUCAAUAUGAGCAGCGCCGCCGCCGCGGUCAGUUUGGCGAGCUCGUUGCGCCUCAAUCCGUACGAUCCGUACGAUUUGAGGCCGCUAACGCUUCCUUCACCGUUGGAUACGGCGUUCAUCAAUGCGGCGCAGCAGUAUGCCGCUGCCGCUGCUGCAUUAUCGUCAUCAUCCGCUGGGGGUGUGACCUCGGGGGGCGGUGGGCCCCCAUCGUCCCUGCUCCUCUACCCCCCUCCAUACCCCUCGCUCGCACUUUCACUCGCGUCCAGCUGUCUCUCCUCGGCCGCCGCGGCUGCCUCCAUCGGCGCCGGAGGGGGAGGAAGUCCCCUCGUGGAGAGAAUUUCCUCCAAAAACACCUCCAUCGCGGACCUCCGCUUGAAAGCGAGGCGACACGCGGAAGCUUUAGGCCUCUUGGAAAAACAUUUGUAAAAAGUGGAAAAAUUUAAUAGUUAACUCGGUGACUCAUUGUAAAAAUCAGGACAUUUGUAAUCAUUUUUCCCCUCUGGGAAUUUAUUUUAAAAUUCUGACCGACAAAUUUGUAGA